ACCUGUUCUGACCUGCUGAGCAGGUUCCCAGGUUUCUGCCGUCGUUGUUGGCCACGGCGUGGGAAGCAGCUCUGGGGGAGCUCGGAGCUCCCGAUCACGGCUUCAAGGGGUAGCCACGGCUGGGUGGGUAGAACAGGGCUGGGUCCCCUAGCGGAGACCCAAGGGGGAUAGGUAGGUCUGUCAGCAUCCGGGGAAUCCACUCCCUCCUGCCUUCUGGGUCGUGCCUCAUCCAGCUCUAGAACCGGCUCCCAGGGAGAACACGGUGGAACUUCAGAAACGCUGGGCAGGUCUCCUUCCAGCCAAUGCCCCUGUCCCUGGGAGCCGAGAUGUGGGGGCCUGAAGCAUGGCUGCUGCUGCUGCUGCUCCUGGCAUCAUUCACAGGUGGGUGCCGGGCCGGUGAGCUGGAGACCUCGGACCUGGUGACCGUGGUGCUAGGCCAAGACGCAAACCUCCCCUGCAUCUACAGAGGUGACCCCGGCGAGAAGGUGGCGCAGGUGGCCUGGGCUCGGGUGGACACGAACGAGGGAACGGGGGAGCUGGCACUGCUGCACUCCCAGUAUGGGCUACACGUGAACUCGGCCUACGAAGGCCGUGUGGAACAACCGCCACCCCCUCGGGACCCUUUGGACGGCUCAGUGCUCCUGCGCAACGCUGUGCAAGCAGACGAGGGCGAGUACGAGUGUCGCGUGAGCACCUUCCCCGCCGGCAGCUUCCAGGCGCGACUGCGGCUGCGCGUGCUGGUGCCUCCCCUGCCCUCACUGAACCCUGGUCCACCGCUGGAAGAGGGCCAGGGCCUGACGCUGGCCGCCUCCUGCACAGCCGAGGGCAGCCCAGCCCCCAGCGUGACUUGGGAAACAGAGGUCAAAGGCACAACAUCCAGUCGUGCUUUCAAGCACUCUCGCUCGGCUGCUGUCACAUCCGAGUUCCACCUGGUGCCUAGUCGCAGCAUGAACGGGCAGCCGCUUACCUGUGUGGUGUCCCACCCUGGCCUGCUCCAGGACCAAAGGAUCACCCACACCCUCCAAGUGGCCUUCUUGGCUGAGGCCUCUGUGCGAGGCCUGGAGGAUGAAAAGCUGUGGCAUGUUGGCAGAGAGGGUGCUAUGCUCAAGUGCCUAAGUGAAGGGCAGCCGCCACCCUCGUACAACUGGACACGGCUGGAUGGGCCCAUGCCCACGGGGGCACGAGUGGAAGGGGGCAUGCUGGGCUUUCCUCCGCUGACCGCUGAGCACAGCGGCAUCUACGUCUGCCAUGUCAGCAAUGAGCUGUCAUCGAGAGAUUUCCGGGUCAAGGUGGAUGUUCUUGACCCUGAGGACCCAGGGAAGCAGGUGGACCUGGUGUCGGCCUCGGUGGUGGUGGUGGGUGUGAUCGCUGCGCUCCUGUUUUGCCUCCUGGUGGUGGUGGUGGUGCUCAUGUCCAGAUAUCACCGGCGUAAGGCUCAACAGAUGACCCAGAAAUAUGAGGAGGAGCUGACCCUGACCAGGGAGAACUCUAUCCGAAGGCUGCAUUCCCAUCAGUCCGACCCCAGGAGUCAGCCGGAGGAGAGUAUAGGGCUGAGAGCCGAGGGCCACCCUGAUAGUCUCAAGGACAACAGUAGCUGCUCUGUGAUGAGCGAGGAGCCGGAGGGCCGCAGUUAUUCUACACUGACCACAGUGAGGGAGAUCGAAACGCAGACAGAACUGCUGUCUCCAGGAUCUGGGCGGGCAGAGGAAGAGGAAGACCGAGAUGAAGGCAUCAAACAGGCCAUGAACCAUUUUGUGCAAGAGAAUGGGACCCUACGGGCCAAGCCCACGGGCAAUGGCAUCUACAUCAAUGGACGGGGGCACUUGGUCUGACCCAGGGCUGCCUCCUCCCCUAGGCCUGGCUCCUGCUGACACAGGGGAUUCCACUCAUCUUGGGGGGACCUCCUAACAUGCCCGAAUUUCUUGAGGAAGAUGCUCCCCCACCCCACUGACUGCUCAACCUUUUCUUCCAACCCUGCUGUUCAUGGGGAGGGCUCCGACAAUUGAGUCCCUCCCACCAUAAGUACAGGUCACUGCAUGUAUGUGUGUAUGUAUGUGCGGGUGCAUUUUUGCUUGUGUGUUCACUAUGUGUGUGCAUGUGUAGAGGAGUAACUUCCUUUUUUUUUUUUCUU